CUUCUAUGAUUGUAAUAGAAAGAUUCCUACAGUGGAGGAAUUUGAUUUCCAGAUUUGAUGAUAGACGCACUCAGUCGUAGAUAAAUUUCAUAAUAAACCUUGAGCGUCUUGGCGCAGACUGUACAAAUCAUUCCGGCGUUUGAUCCUUACUGUUUAGUAAUAUUUCUGUCUGUUGGAUUCUGGGUCUUUGUUGUUUUGUUAUCAUUUGGUGAUUAGUGGAUGAUGGAGAGUAUAAUUGGCAAACUACGGAGCUUGGAUGCGUACCCUAAGAUCAAUGAGGAUUUCUACAGCAGAACCCUCUCCGGAGGCGUCAUAACCUUGGCUUCCUCUAUUGUGAUGUUCCUCUUGUUCUUCUCUGAGCUCAGAUUAUAUCUCAAUGCAGUAACUGAGACAAAGUUAGUUGUAGAUACGUCAAGGGGAGAAAGGCUCCGUAUUAAUUUUGAUGUGACUUUUCCAGCACUCCCAUGCUCUAUCGUCAGUCUUGAUGCCAUGGAUAUAAGUGGCGAGCAACACCUGGAUGUUAGACAUGAUAUUAUCAAGAAGAGGAUUGAUGCUCAUGGUAAUGUGAUAGAAACAAGGCCAGAUACUAUUGGUGCUCCCAAGAUAGAACGGCCUUUACAAAGGCAUGGUGGAAGGCUUGAACACAAUGAAACCUACUGUGGCUCAUGUUAUGGUGCAGAAGCGACAGAUGAUGAUUGUUGUAACAAUUGUGAAGAAGUUCGUGAAGCAUAUAGAAAGAAGGGCUGGGCAUUAUCAGAUCCUGAUUUGAUUGAUCAGUGCAAGAGAGAAGGUUUUCUGCAAAAGAUCAAAGACGAAGAAGGUGAAGGAUGUAACGUUUAUGGAUUCUUGGAUGUCAAUAAGGUAGCUGGUAAUUUUCAUUUUGCACCUGGAAAGAGUUUCCAGCAGUCAAAUGUUCAUGUUCAUGACCUGCUAGCAUUUCACAAGGACAGUUUUAAUAUAAGUCACAGGAUCAACAGAUUAGCAUUUGGAGACUACUUCCCUGGUGCUGUAAAUCCUCUUGAUGGUGUGCAAUGGACACAACAAACACCAAAUGCAAUGUAUCAAUAUUUUCUGAAGGUGGUACCGACUGUAUUCACAGAUGUCAAUGGACAUGUCAUCCAGUCAAAUCAGUUCUCGGUAACUGAACAUGUUAAAGGAGCAGAGUUGGGUCAACUUCAAUCCCUUCCUGGAGUAUUUUUAUUUUAUGAACUUUCACCAAUUAAGGUAACCUUUACAGAGACGCAUGUUUCGUUCUUGCACUUUCUGACCAACGUCUGUGCCAUUGUUGGAGGUGUAUUUACUGUCUCGGGCAUAAUCGACUCUUUUGUAUAUCAUGGUCAAAAAGCAAUCAAAAAGAAAAUGGAAAUAGGUAAGUUCAGUUGAUGCUCGACGCCUCUGAAAAUAUCACAUGGUGCUUUGGAAUUGGAAUUGGCCCUCGAGAGAAUCAAUGCUUCAAAGCAAAAGGAACCUAAAGUUCAGACUUUCCAAGCCAAGGUGUUGUCAAACUACAUAACGGCCCCAGCAAUGGUGUUUUGAUAUUUGUUAAUGAAUGAGUUAACUCGUUUAGUUUAUUUAUAGUUCUAAGUUUUUCUUUUGAUAUGCGACUGUAAUUAAAUGAUUUACAAGCAGGGUUCAUGAUCGCCUUGAAUAGUUUUGAUAUUUAACCUCAUUUUAGACGAUGUUUUCAUCGAACAAAAUGGGGAAGAAAAGGUAUAAUUGUUGUCGGUUUAGCUU